UUAUGGUGUUAUUCUGAUGUGUACCCCCAUCAGUUAUGACAUCAUCUUCUCCAACUGGCUGCUGAUGUAUCUGAGUGACGAGGAGCUGAGGUCACUAACAGAGAGGAUGCUGGGAUGGCUCCGCCUCGGAGGAUACCUGUUUUUCAGGGAGUCCUGCAACCACCAAUCAGGUGACUAUAAGAGGACCUUUAACCCCACCCACUACAGAUCGUCGGCCCACUACAGUCACCUGGUGACAACAACACUGCGGGAGGAGUCAGAGGGGGCGGAGAAGCAGUUAUUUGGCUUUGACAUCGUGCUCAAUAAAAUCGUGCAGACAUACAUCAAGAUGAAGAACAACCAGAACCAGGUGUGUUGGCUGUUGGAGAAGGUGGGUCGGGACACCGCCUGUCAAGAGGGCUUCAGAACCUUCCAGCAGUUCCUGGACAACCAGCAGUACACACGCAAAGGCAUCCUGCGAUACGAGAAGAUGUUUGGGACAGGAUACGUCAGCACUGGGGGACACAGCACUACCAUGGAGUUUGUUGACCUGCUGAACUUGAAGCCGGGGAUGAAGGUGCUGGAUGUGGGGUGUGGCAUUGGUGGUGGAAACUUCUACAUGGCAAAGGCCUUCGGUGUGGAGGUGCUGGGCCUGGACCUGUCAGCCAACAUGGUGGAUAUCGCCAUGGAGAGGGCCAGGGAGGAGAAGCUUCCAUCGGUCCAUUUCGAGGUGGCCGACGCCACUAAGAGAGAGUUCCCAGAAGGGUCGUUUGAUGUGGUCUACAGUCGAGACACCAUCCUGCACAUCGACAACAAACUGGCACUGUUAAAACGCUUCCAUUCGUGGCUGAAGCCCGGUGGCCAGGUUCUGAUCACUGACUACUGCUGUGGAGAGAAGCCCUGGACUCCUCAGUUCCAGGAGUACGUCAAGCAGAGAGGUUACAUUCUCUACACCCCACCACAGUACGGCAAGUUUCUCCAGCAGGCAGGUUUCUCUAACGUACGUGCUGAGGACAGGACAGCUCAGUUCACGCAGGUGAUCCAGACAGAGCUGGAGAGAGCAGCAGCCAUGAAAGACGAGUUCAUUAAGGAGUUCUCAGAGGAAGACUACCUGGCCAUAGUGAACGGCUGGAGAGACAAACUAAAACGCUGCAACACUGGGGACCAACGCUGGGGUCUAUUCCACGCAACUAGGAACUGAGAGAGAGGAGAGAAGUAUCCCUUCAGGAGGGAGGGUUCAGUGCCUGGUCCCAGCUGCUACCAGAUCAACUAGAGGUGCUUACUAGACAUCAGUACCCUCUCGUCUGAGAUGAUCUUGUGGCACGUACAGAUUGUGAAGUAUUUGAAAAAUGGUCGUUAUCCAGGUACCAGUCUAACUGGUGUCUUUGGUUUGAAAGUUGAAAAUGAUAUUUUUCCCAAAGUAAAUUUUAUUAGACAUUUUAACUUUGUGUAAAUUUGAUCCGACUAUUUUUUUGUUAUCAAAUGUGAAUGUGAAUCAUUUCCCAGUCUGUACUAUCAACAUACCAUAGUUUGGUAACUUUUACAAAUAAAACGUUGAAAACA